ACUCUUAGAUUACAAGUCGUUAUCGAUACGGCAACGGUGACGACGGUCACGAAGAGUACCCCAGCAAUUAUACCAUCAAUUACAAAAAUAUAAAAUCAAUAUCAAUCUCGUUACCGACUCGCAGAUCUCGUUCGAAACCGUAUCGCAAAGCCCUGUGCCGAUAUUAGUCUAAAUAUAAACAUAUUCAUUCAGCCCACAUUAAGCCCGUAGUAACAAAAAUGGCCACAAAAACCUUAUUGUUACCCUCACCGGACAAGUUGAAGGAAAUUUACCAGGACUUGGGCACAACCGAAGAAAAGAUAAACGCAGACGUGCUGACUAUCAUGGAAUGGAUGCGCAAACAGCCACAUCUCCCCAAUCCUGACGUUGACGAACGGAGAAUUCGUUUGUUCUUAAUUUUGUGCAAAAAUAGUUUGGAAAGGACCAAAGAGUCAUUGGAUCAAUAUUAUACAUUAAAGUCAAUGGUUCCAGAAUUUUUCGGUAACAGAGAUCCUACUGCAGAACCACUUUUAAGAUCAAUGAAAACAUCACUUUUCAUUCCUUUGCCAAAACUGACGCCAGAAGGCUACAGAAUCUCAUUAAGUCGUAUCAGAUGUCCAGAAAUCGAUAAUUUCGAAUUUGCGGACUACGUGAAGGUCAACUUUAUGUCUAUUGAUAUUAGGCUGUCUAAAUUGGAUAUGUUCAAAAAGGAAAUAUUUGUCUUCGACUUGAAAGAUAUCACCAUGGCUCAUCUGACCGCUAUGUUACCUCAGAUGAAGAAGUUCAUUUACUGUGCGACAACGGCCUAUCCAUUACGGAUUCAAGAAAUCCACAUACUUAAUAUGCCCAGCUACGCUCAAACGAUGGUCAACAUGGUGUUGGGCGUUUUGAAAAAGAAAAUUGCCAACAGAAUUAAAAUUCACAACGGUAUCGAAGACCUGAAGAAGCACAUUAAUUCGGACAUUCUUCCACUGGACUAUGGUGGUACAUUCCCGAAAACUAGUGAAGAAUUAAUCGUUGACUGGAAAGAAGAAUUGAUAAAACACAGAGAUUGGUACCUGUCUCAAAAUUCGGUCGUUUGUGAUGAAAACAAAAGAACAAAGAAACCCGCCGUUAAGAUGAACAUGCUAGCUGGAGUUGAAGGCUCAUUUAGAAAGCUCGAAGUUGACUAAAAUUUGUGUGUUUUAUUUUUAGGAUCAAUGUUUUUUUUUUUCUUUUUUAGUUUCUGUAUUGAUAUUUUUAAGUUUACCCGACAUAGACUUAAUACGUUAAAUACAGUAACUCUUUUUCGUCGGUGAUAAUAACAUACGUUUUUAAUGUAAUUUAUUCAUAGUGGUGUAAGUCAAUAUUUCAUUAUUUUUUAAAUAGUAACU